UUGGGGGGGAGGUUUAUGGGAUGUUUGGGGCUGACCCCGCUCUCUCCCCAGCCCACAUUCCUGGUGGAACUGUCCAAAGUGCUGGCAAACCCUGGGAACAGCCAGGUGGCUCGAGUGGCAGCGGGGCUGCAGAUCAAGAACUCGCUGACCUCCAAGGACCCCGACAUCAAGGCGCAGUACCAGCAGCGAUGGCUCGCCAUCGACGCCAACGCCCGCAGGGAGGUCAAGAACUUCGUGCUGCAGACCCUGGGCACCGAGACGUACCGGCCCAGCUCGGCGUCGCAGUGCGUGGCCGGCAUCGCCUGCGCCGAGAUCCCCAUGAACCAGUGGCCAGAGCUGAUCCCACAGCUGGUGGCCAACGUCACCAACCAGCACAGCACCGAGCACAUGAAGGAAUCCACGCUCGAGGCCAUCGGUUACAUCUGCCAGGACAUCAUGACAUUUUGCUGUCCCGUGCAGGUGCGCGUGGCCGCCCUGCAGAACCUGGUGAAGAUCAUGUCCCUCUAUUACCAGUACAUGGAGACCUACAUGGGGCCUGCCCUCUUUGCUAUCACGAUUGAGGCGAUGAAGAGCGACAUAGACGAGGUGGCUCUGCAGGGCAUCGAGUUCUGGUCCAACGUGUGCGACGAGGAGAUGGACCUGGCCAUCGAGGCCUCGGAGGCAGCAGAACAAGGACGGCCCCCAGAGCACACCAGCAAGUUCUAUGCCAAGGGGGCUCUGCAAUAUUUGGUCCCUAUUUUAACCCAGACCUUAACAAAACAGGAUGAGAACGACGACGACGACGACUGGAACCCCUGCAAGGCAGCAGGGGUGUGCCUGAUGCUGCUGGCCACGUGCUGCGAGGACGACAUCGUCCCCCACGUGCUGCCCUUCAUCAAGGAGCACAUCAAAAACCCCGACUGGAGGUACAGGGAUGCUGCUGUCAUGGCCUUUGGCUGCAUCCUGGAGGGGCCUGAGCCCAACCAGCUCAAACCUUUAGUAAUACAGGUGAGUUUUCGACAG